AUGGCGGACGCUCUAUCUAUCGAGCAGAACAACAAGAUCCGAGUGGCCCUCGGCCUAAAGCCACUCCCCGUCCCCGGCGCCGAGCCUGACGCCACUGGACCGGACUUCAAGGACGAUAACUCGAGCGAUUCUGGCGAAGAAGAAGAUCCCGCGAGCACCGUCGACACCCGACAGGCCCAGGGUUACGAAAAUUGGCAGAAACUCCAGGACGAAGCCGACGCCAAAAAGAGACGAGACGAGAAGAAUGCUGCCAUCAAGAAAGCACGCGACAUCGCUCAAAGAAAUCUGAAGCUGCAAGGCUCUACCCUCGGAGAGUUGGAUGGCGCAGAACUUGACACCAAGGCUUGGUUAAUGCAGAACAAGAAGCGCUCGAAGAAGAUUGAGAAGGAGCGCGCGCGCAAACUUGCCGAAGAGCUGGAAGAGCGAGAACGAGCCGCGGCUAUCCAAUACACUGCCGCAGAUCUGGCUGGUGUCAAGGUUGGCCAUUCCAUCGGUGACUUCGAGGGUGGCGAGGACCACGUCCUUACUCUCAAGGAUACCGGGAUAGAUGACGAGGAGGAGGGCGAUGAGCUUCAAGAUGUCCACUUGGUCGACAAAGAGCGAACCGAGGAGCGGAACGACCUUAAGAAGCGCAAGCCCGUUUACGAUCCCACAGCUGAGAACCAAGGAAUUCUCUCGCAUUACGACGAGGAGAUUGAGGGCAAGAAACGCAAGCGAUUCACACUUGAUGCCAAGGGAUCAACCGAAGAAGAACGCGAUGCUAAGCGACAGGAGGUUUCGGAGCGACUGAAGAAGGGCAUCAUUAGUCUCGACUUUGAACCUGAAGUUCCAGCAUCCGAUUACAUGGAUAUCAGCGAGAUUAAAAUCAAGAAGCCAAAGAAGAAGAAGAACAAGACGACAAAACAGAGAGCAGUAAUGGAUGAUGAAGAUAUUACACCUACAACCGAAUCGAACGGCACAGCUAUGGAUAUCGAUUCAACAAAUGGUGUCGCGCCUGUGCCCAAGAAGCUGAUCAACCAAGAUAUUUCCUUUGUGGAUGACGAUGACCUACAAGCAUCACUUGCGCUCCAGCGUCGUGCCGCUUUCAAGAAGCGCAAGAAGAUGCGUCCCGAAGACCUUGCACAGCAACUUCGUGAAGAGGAGUCCCAGACUCCAAUGGAAGUCGAGACUGAAGAUGGCGCAGAGGAACCCGGCCUUGUGAUUGACGAGACCUCAGAGUUCGUUUCCAACCUUCAGAAACCCGCAUUGCCCGAACGGGAAGAGCGACGAGCAUCGGCCCCUACUGAAGAGGCCGCUGCUCAACCGGAGCCCGAGGCUGAGACUGAGGGUGUGGACAUGGAACGGACCUACAAUGAUAUUGAAGAUGGAGAGGAUCUUGAGGAGCGUAUCAGGCGUGAAGAAUCCAAGCAGGAACAACAGGAGUUUACUGGCACUGGUCUGGAAGAAGAAGCUACUUUGGAUCAGGGUCUGGGAGCUACUUUGUCGAUGCUGAAGCAGCGUGGCAUUGUGAAGGACACCAACAGCACCGAUCAUAACGCUCUCAUGCGCAAACGCCAACAGUUCCUUCAAGAUAAGCUCAACCGCGAGACCGACGCCGAUCGACGUGCACGUGCCCAGCGCGAGCGCGAUCGUGCCUCAGGCAAGCUGGACCGUAUGUCUGCUCGUGAGCGCGAAGAACACGCACGCUGGGAAAACAAGCAGCGCGAUCAGCAAGAUGCGCGACAAAUGGCCGAGGUAUUUAACAAAGAGUACAAGCCCGACGUACAGCUCAAGUACACGGACGAGUACGGCCGCUCAAUGAACCAAAAGGAAGCCUUCAAGCACCUCAGUCACCAAUUCCACGGCAAAGGCAGCGGAAAGAUGAAGACCGAGAAGCGUCUGAAGAAGAUCGAAGAGGAGAAGAAGCGCGAAUCAAUGAGUGCGUUGGACAGCAGUCAGCACACGGGUAUGAACAACGCCAUGGGAGCUCAAGCGCGGAAAAACCGCCAGGCCGGAGUGCGACUGGGCUGA